GACUGAGACACGGAGCUAGGAGACAUUCCCGGUCAGGGUGGAUCACCAGCUGACGUCUCCCCCCCCUUGCUUUCAGUUCAGCCGUCAUCCUCGCCUCCUGCAGCCGGGGGGAGAAGACCAGCGGUCGCCACAAAAACAGGAAACUUGACACCCGCUGUCGCAUUUUGGCUCAGCCGCUGGGAAAGACUUGCACCCCCUCUGGUCCCCGCUCCACACCAACACGCAGCGAUGGACGAAAAGGCGUUUACGAAGGAACUGGAUCAAUGGAUCGAACAGCUCAACGAGUGUAAACAGCUGACGGAGGGACAAGUGAAGAAUCUGUGUGAAAAGGCCAAGGAGAUCCUGACCAAGGAGUCAAACGUCCAGGAGGUGCGGUGUCCCGUGACGGUGUGCGGCGACGUCCACGGCCAGUUCCACGACCUCAUGGAGCUGUUCAAGAUUGGCGGAAAAUCCCCCGACACCAACUACCUGUUCAUGGGCGACUACGUGGACAGGGGGUACUACUCGGUGGAAACCGUCACUCUGCUGGUGGCGCUGAAGGUACGUUUCCGCGAGCGCAUCACCAUCCUGCGAGGGAAUCACGAGAGCAGACAGAUCACACAAGUCUACGGCUUCUACGACGAGUGCCUGAGGAAGUACGGCAACGCCAACGUGUGGAAGUACUUCACGGACUUGUUCGAUUACCUCCCCCUCACCGCCUUGGUCGACUCUCAGAUUUUCUGUCUCCAUGGCGGCCUGUCGCCGUCCAUCGACACCUUGGACCACAUCAGGGCGCUGGAUCGCUUACAGGAAGUGCCUCAUGAGGGCCCCAUGUGCGACCUGCUGUGGUCGGACCCUGACGACCGCGGCGGCUGGGGCAUCUCCCCUCGGGGGGCCGGCUACACCUUUGGCCAGGACAUCUCGGAGACGUUCAAUCACGCCAACCGCCUCACGCUGGUGUCCCGUGCCCACCAGCUGGUCAUGGAGGGUUACAACUGGUGCCACGAGAGGAACGUGGUGACGAUAUUCAGCGCUCCCAACUACUGCUACCGCUGCGGCAACCAGGCGGCCAUCAUGGAGCUCGACGACACCCUCAAAUACUCCUUCUUGCAGUUCGACCCGGCGCCUCGCAGAGGGGAGCCCCAUGUCACCCGCCGCACCCCAGACUACUUCCUGUAACCUGCCACCUUUCUCUGAACAGCCUGUGGGGUGCCGCUAUUGGCAGGAUACGGAAGACGAGCGUGUCAGCCUUGAGUGGGACGGGGCUACGCAGCAGCAAAAACAUUGUACAUUCACACAAAGACCUAUUUAUGCAUUUAGCAACUAAAGAACUAGUAUGCUGUGUGUGUGUGCAUGUGUGUGUGUGUGCGUGCGUGUGGACGGACCAAACAGUAUGUGCCAUCAUCACCACAACAUGAAUUGCCAAGGUCUUGUAGUAAAUGUCACACUAAAUCAAUACUUCUCAAUAGUGGGGCAGGCCCCCCUUGGGGGGCGCGAGAGGCUUUCAUUUCAACGCAGACCUACCAACAUGUACACAUUUCUAGUACUCAACAUGCAAUUUGGCUCUUGAAUAUGCUUGUGUGCUCUCCAUUUUGUUGCGUUUCCUGGUUUCAUUUUGAAGUUCAGUCUGUACAGUACAGAUAAAGGAAUAAAUAUUAUCACUUAUUCUAAUAUUUCUAAUCAGGGGUGGGAGAGGGGCGGGAAAUGACGGAAGAUAAUUGAGAAGCACUGCACUACAUGAAGCAAGUCAGCUCCGUUAUUGGAAACAUAUAUACAUAGGCGAUAGGAUGAUCUGUUUGCACUUUUGUAAAUGUAAAGAAAUGUAACAUAUGAUUGCCAGAUGAAGAGAACAGGAACAUUUUUUUCUUUUUAAUAUAUCAAAGUCCCAAAUGAAGACGACGACGAUGGUGGUGUGUGUGUGUGUGUGAGGGGUGGGGAGUGAAGACAUGAUGAUGAAGCGUUCAUCCCCAUGACACAAGCCUGCCUGUAUUCAUCAUCCAAAGAUUGGAAGUAAUAAAGAUAAAGGUGGCUCCCUCA